CGGGCAUCUCAGCUUGCCAUGAGCCACUAGAUGCACCAUGGGAGCAGGCGCUUCGGCGGCCGACGGCCGGCUCUUCUGUCACGGUUGCGGAGCGCGCACGGCGAUAGUGGAUGGCCUUGAGCGGCCAUGCUGCGCGGCCUGCGGUGCCACCGAUGGCGUGGAAGUCACUGAUGCACGUCUUCCUGUGACCUCGCCCACUUCCGCGAUGAGAGCUUUGUCGCGUGCGUCUCUGCCCACGCACCGCGCCUCCUCCAGUUCGGCCGGGGCGAAUCCGGCAGCGACGUCCAUGCGCGUGGAGUCUGUUUCGGUAGUGGCCUUGGAACGACCGGAGGACGGGGGCCUCUUGUUGCGCGUUCUGCCCAACGUGGUGGCGCGCCCCGUCGAGAGCGAGCCAGGCAGUCUCUCGGCGCCCAUUAGCCUGGCGGAAGAGCAGGAUCAGGAGUGGGAACUGCCGCCCGAACCUGCCUGUGAUGCCUUUGUCUCCAGACUCCAGGUCUCCACCCGCGUGGAAGCGUUGAGUGGUGGGCACUGCGUGAUUUGUGCCGAAGACAUCUUGGAGCAUGGGACGCCGGUGGUCACGCUGAAUUGCCAGCACCAUUUUCACGAGGAUUGUAUCCGACGCUGGUUGACGCGAAGACACACCUGUCCGACCUGUAGGAUGGAACUCGAGGUCGAUGAUGUGAGGUAUCUGCGCAGCAUCGGACUCAAGGAGGAAGCGGAGGCAUUAGAGAAGGUGAAAAGAGAGCGCUUGGCCCUGGAACAACAGCAGCAGGCGGCUGAACGCCGACGCUGGGUGGAGUCCAUGCGGCGUGGAGAAGCAGUUCACUUUGGCCUGGCUUGUGGCGCUUGCGCCAUUUCGCCCAUGGUCGGGGAGUGCUUUCGCUGCAAGGACUGCGAGGACUUCAUGAUGUGCUCCGAAUGUCAUAAACACCGGGAGGAAUGGCAUGCGCCCAGCCAUCAAUUCACCUCCUUCGGCGUGCCCUGCGAACCUCCUCCGGGUUUACUCACUGUCUUAGUUCCUCCGGCCAGAGAGACCUCAGGGCCUCAGAGCCCGGCAGCUGAGGUGGCUUUGGCCGCCAUCCGAUCGCUGGCGCUGGCCCCACUGGCAGGUCGACGAGCUCCAGCAGGACCAUUACCGGGGCGCCGCUGAAGGACAUCUCUUCAAGUGCUCCGAGCUGAUAGCAGAUGUGGCCUCUGGACCGAGAAAACUCUUGGUCCUUUUUUUAGGUCCGGUCCACGGCAACAAAAAUGUGGCUGAGAGGUCUUUAAGUCACUUCAUUUUUACAGCCCUGGAACUCCACGUCGCGGGUCCACCAUGAUUUGGAUGAUGAAGUUGAG